AUGCCCAAGGCAGGCAAGGAGGCGAAGGCCGGGACCAAGAGAAAGAAGGAAGUCGCAGACGCGGAGGAGCCGGAAGAUGAGAAGGCGCGGACAGUCUAUCUGGGAGGUGUGCCACGACUCUGUCAAGCCAAGACCAUCUCCGAGAGGUUCGCCAAGUAUGGGGAGGUGCAGGACGUGCAGAUCCCGCCAGACCGGCGGAACAAGUCGAAGCGUAUCGCCUUCGUCACCUUUGCGAGCAGAGCGCAAGCAGAGGCGGCGUUAGCAGAGGCGGAGGCGGAGUUUGAAGGCUCCACACUGAAGGUCAAGCUAUCGGGAAUGGAGGAGCCCGCAGCUGAGGCGCCGGCGACAGCGAAGGUUUUCGUGGGAGGCGUGGGGGACCUGGCCGAGGAAGAGCUCUUGGCUCACUUCUCCAAGAAGUGCGGGAAGGUGCAGUCCCUGUCCAAGCCCGCCUCGAAGUCUACCAAGACGAAGGGGCGCAGCCGGGGCUUCGCGAUUUUGGACUUCGCCAAGCCGAAGUUGGCCGCCAAAGCGCUGGAGCUGGACGGCGCCAGCAUCAAUGGCCACACCGUCACGGUGAGGAGUUACACGCCCAAUGAGAAGGAACAGGCGAAAGCGGACAAGAAGAAGGCCAAGAAGAGCGCGAAAAAGCAGUUCCGCGUGGUGGUGCAGAACUUCCCAAAGUCCAGCACCACGUCACAGCUGAAGGACCACUUCGAGGGCGCGCUCUACGUGCAGCUGCCCAAGAAGAAGGCCCCUCGACGGGAGCUGUGA